AUGGCUGCGCAAGAGUCCGCUGAAUUCACAUGGAAACAUUUGAGUGGAGCACCCGACAAAUUGAGACUAAGUCCGUGCACGGCAUCUGUCCCCGGCAUCUGCCCCCAGCAGGGAAUGGCCAUUUCGAACAACGUAGAAAAGUAUCUCGGCGGAUCGCUCUUUGAAGCCGACUUUGGUCUGAAAACAUCCGAUGACUCGAAUAAAACCCCUGAAGAGAUUCACAACCUCCUCAACUUUGGACCUUUAGCGCCCGAUGACCCUGUGAUCCUGGUUCAGGUACACGACCGCUGGCACUACCUGCAACACCUCCUUGAGAGCCUUUCCAGAGCGCAGGGCAUUGAAAGGGCUUUAUUAAUCAUCAGCCAUGACUACUAUGACAGUCACGUGGAUUUGCUGCCUUCUACUAUCUCCUUCUGCAAGGUCAUGCAAAUCUUCUUCCCUUAUUCGACUCAACUUUUUCCCAACCAAUUCCCUGGACGUGACCCGAUGGAUUGUGCCCGGGACAUCGGCAAAGAAAGGGCUUUUCAAGUGAAGUGCCUAAACGCCAAGUAUUCGGACAGCUACGGCCACUACAGGGAGAGUGAAUUUACUCAGAUCAAACAUCAUUGGUGGUGGAAGAUUAACGUCGUCAUGGACACUCUUAACGUCACACGGAGCCACCAAGGCCCCAUCCUUCUGCUCGAAGAAGACUAUUACGUUGCCCCAGACUAUCUCUCCGCCGCGCGACUGCUGCUGGAUAACAAGCAAAGGUAA